AUGCGGGCCCCGUGGGCACCCUGGCCGCUCAUCUGGACAGUGCUGCAACUGGGCUGGCAGCUGGGACAGCUUCAAGGCUGCUCUGAGAGGCCUGGCACCUCCCUCACCUUCCAGCCGCCCCAGCUCAUUGUGCCUGAGGGCGGCGAGGCUGAAUUCUUCUGCAGCUUCCCCAACGCCACCAAGCCCAGUGUGCUCAACUGGUACCGUGGGAGCCCCAGCAACCGGUCAGUCAAAAUGGCUGCCUUCCCCAAGGACCUUGGCCCACCGACACAGGACCCUCGCUUCAAUAUCACACCACUGGCUGACCAGAUGGCCUUUCGCCUGCACAUCAGCCCCGUGCAGCGUAAUGACAGCGAUACCUACUACUGCGGGGCUAUCAACCUACCACCUGAGACUCAGAUCACAGAAAGUCCCUGUGCAGAGCUCAUCGUGACAGACAGCAUCUGGAAGCCAUCCAUCACCCCCAGCUCUGAGCCCAUGACCCAGGGGCACUUCCAAACCCUGGUCAUCAGUGUAACAAGCAUCCUAGCAGGUAUCCUGGUUCUGCUCCUGCUGGCCUGGGGCCUGGCCACCAUCCUCCCCAGAACCACUCAAGUGCCCAGGGACAGUCCCUCUAGAAAUAACAACCCCACAUUGGGGCUUCUCCAGAGUCAGAAGGAGGACCCUUCGACCAUGCCUGUGUUCACAGUGGACUACGGUGAACUGGACUUUCAGCAGCGGGAGAAGACCCCAGAGCCUCCCACUCCCUGCUUUCCCCCGCAGACCGAGUAUGCCACCAUCAUCUUCCCUGAUUGUGCACCCCCCGGUGGCCGCAGGGGCUCAGCCGAUGGCCCAUGGGGACCCCGAUCCCCAAGGCCAGAGGAUGCACACUGCUCCUGGCCCCUCUGA